AUGUCCAACGCCAUUGACGAUCUCAUCGACGGAGGCUCGAUCGGCGCCCUCGGUGGCUCCGGCCGCAUCCCCGCUUCCUUCGACGCCAGCGAAGCCGAGAACGACGAAAAGGUAGGCAACGACUCGAAACGAGUCCGAACUCGACUUUAAUGAGCUCCUCCCACCGACCAACACCUUCAUAUACCCCAACAGAUUGAACAACAGUUCGCCGUUGCUUGCUUCGAACAGGCCGAGACUUAUAUGGGCUUGAUCAGUACCAUCAAGGGCAGCUCGCUCAAGAGGCUCACACAGUACGCUCCUUCAUAUACUACGCGGGACGGUCCGUUGACCUGGCCAAGUGGGGCCUCGAGAGUCAGCGAUUGGACUUGGGUCCUCUCAGAAACUAACGCCUCGUCCGUUUCACCAGACACGACGACGAGAUCCACGACGAGUUCGUCAAGCAAUUCCCCGAACUGCAAUCCGACGCCCGGCUCUCCAAACUCUCCGAACACGAACUCAAGUCGGCCGAGGGUAAACGCCGCUGGAGGGAGUUCAUGAUGCCCUUCGAGAAGAAGGUCGACGACUACAACUUUGGGACCUUGAUUCGUGCCGACGUCAACGAAGACUAUACCGAAAGCAACUCCAUCUUUGGUGAGCUUAACUCCCUCUUUCGUCCCGUUCGAACCAUUUGUCGCUGUACACACACCCCGCACCCCGCUGGGAAAGUACUGAUUGACGAUCAUCUUGAACCUUUUCAUCUCAGGCUAUCGAACACAGUUCUACGCCAUCGAAAUCGCCAGGAACCGAAGGGGGCUCAACGACCCCAUCUGGGAGAAGGCCCAAGCUGGCAAGGAAAGCCAAUCAUGA